CGUCUUCUCUCGCGAAAUAACGGUCCAACAGUAACAGAUCAUAGUUCCGAUCCAACAAGAAGAAAGAAAACUCGCUUGACUACCGAGUCAAGCUACGCCCGACUCAAAGGCUGAGUCCGAGUCAAGAGUCAUCAUCCAUAGCGGAUCCUAAACAAUGCAAAAAGGCAGCAAGGAGCAGGAAUUGAACAGUGCAAGAGCUUCAAUUGAGAUAUUGAACUCAAAUUUAGAUCAACAGAACCAAAGAAAGGUUAGCCUUCUCAAUGAAUUACAAAAUUUACAAGAGAGGAUUAGAAAGCAAGGUGCUGAUGCCAAAGUGCUGAAAUUUGUACCCCUUUUGGAGACAUCGAAGACACUGGAAAGACAAGAAUCCCAAAUUAGGUCUGAUUUUGAUGCAAAACGUUCUUCAUUGGAAGCUGAGGUUAGUGAUUUGGAGGAAAAGAUAGCAACAGGGUGUGAUGACGAGAAGCUCUCUCAUGGUUUAGAUGAUUCUUUAAAUGAAUCAUUGCACAAGCUUAAUUCAGCGAAGAAGGAACUUGCAGCUAGACUAAGGGCAAUAGUAUCGGUAAAGCGGCAGCUGGAUGAUGUGCCCUCCCAAUCGGAGCUAAUCCAGUAUGAACGCCGGUUUUCAGAGCUGAAUGCUCAUAUUCAGGAAAAACUUCAACAGACUCGAAAAUUCUAUGCUACCUAUAAUGCUCUUUUGGAGAUUAAAGAGUUGAUGCUAAAGGAAACUUCUUUGCUGAAUUCCAUAAGCUCACAGUUUCAGGAUGCCAUUGCUAGCCCUGCUGGUCGCAUGAAAUUACUGGAGUCCAUGGAGGGAAUUGUAAAGGGCAGCCAACAGAAGCUAGAAAAGUUGCAACUUGGGCUUCAAGAAGAGCAGAAGGUUUGUGAUUCUCUCAAAGAGAGGAGGAUGUGCAAGGAAUGAAAGACUACCAAGCCAGACUCCUGCCUAACUUCAAAUUGGCGUGUGUAAGUAUCCUUUGUGCAUUCAAAACUGCAAUGCAUACCUGCAACAUGUCUAAACGGGACGGAUUAAGUGAUUAACUUUGGAAAUAGUUAGGCGGAGAUCAGAUUUUCUUCCUCAAUCGAAAACAAAUUUUCAAGCCUACCAUUCGUAUGGUAUCCUCUUGCCUUUUUCAUAUGCAGCUGAUGAUCCACAUCGGUGCUGCAUCAUCUUACCAAAAGUUCUAAACAAACAUUAUGAACACGCAAUGGCACUUUGACUGAGAUUUAUAUACUAAUUCUCAUUAUAGAAUAGUUUGCUGAUGUUGCUGUUUAGAAUUAUUAGAAUUAUUAUUUGGGGUGGCACAUCUAUAUGUUUGAACUGUUAAUACGAGGGUUUUUUCAUUUCUCUUUCUCUCGGAUAAUGUUAAUGUAAGAGUUAGAAUGACAAUCUUAACAUCAACCCUUGUAAUUUGUUUUGUUUACAUCUGACAAGUUGUGAGUCAUUAGCUUAA